GAGCUCCCUGUGCCUCGCGGCGCUCCUCGCGGCGCGGGCGGCGGGGGCCGCCCCCGCCCUGCGCGACGAGGAGUGCUUGGUCCAGGCCCAGGCACUUGUGACCGUGUCCACUGGGGACUCUGUCGCCAACGAGUCCAACGCGGGCACCGCUGUCAGCAACCUCACGGGCAGUGCCGCCGCGGGGCCGCCGGCGCCGCUCCGCCAGGCGCCCGCCUUGCGCCUGGACGAGCGCCAGAGGCUGCUCCGCGAGCUCCGGUCCGAGAACGAGGCGCUGAAGCGCCAGGUCGAGAGCGCGAGGAAGGAGUCCGAGCGCAAGGCGGAGGACGAGCGCAAGGCGGAGGCCCAGCGCAAGGCGGAGGCCCAGCGCAAGGCGGAGGCCCAGCGCAAGGCGGAGGCCGAGCGCAAGGCGGAGGCCCAGCGCAAGGCGGAGGCCGAGCGCGAGCUUGAGCGUAAAAUGGAGGUCGAGCUGGAACCGGACGCAGAUUGGUUGACCAAGGAGAGGGCCCGCCUCCAGCGGGCCGCGGGCGGCAGCGCCCCGCCGCCGCGGCGCCGUGAGGGCGCCCCGGCUGCGCAAGGCCCAGACGAGGCCCUCCGCCACCGGGCCCGCCCGGUGAAGCUGGCCAAGGAGAAGUUCCGCGCUUUCCCGGUGUUCGCGGAGAACCAGACGCACGAGCGCCGCGCAGUGGUCCACAAGCCAGGGCCGCAGCGAGACCUGCACGACGAGCAGGCCGCCCACGACGCCAGGGCGAUGAACGACGAGUACGGCUUCCAGGUCGUCGUCGCGCCGCGCACCACCGCCGCGCCGACGGCGCCGGCGGGCGCAGGAGACAAGAACAUCAAGCACAUGCUUCACUCGGCGCACGGCUUCGUCGAGAAGACUGCGGCGGUGAUGAAAAACGAGACGGAGACGCAGAUGUUGCUCAAAGUGGGCAUGCGGCUCAACGACAAGGGCGACAUGCACGUCUUCAAGAGCGCCCUGGUGACGAAUUGCCUGGUGCUGCUCGGCUGCCUCAUCGUCUUCAGCUUCCUUCGCCUGCAGUACCCCGAGGUCUACGCCAACAACGUGCUGGAGCCCAGCGAGGACGGGUUCGGCACGGCGCCGUUCAAGCCCUCCAGCAGCGUGAUCGGCUGGGUGACCGCUGGCCUGUGCGUCACCGUGGACGAGGCGGAGCGCACGAGCGGGCUGGACGCGGCCAUGAUGGUGGAGUUUCUGCACUUCAGCCUGCGUGCCCUGGCGCUCGUGGGAGCGCCGCAGCUGCUCGUCCUCUGCCCGAUGUACGCCUUCUGGGGGGGCGGCCCGGCGGAGCUGCAGAACGACAUCCUGAGCAUGGUCGACAUGAACAACGUCGUGGAUGGCCAUUGGCUCUUCUGGGCCUACGCCGGAGUUGUGUGGUAUGUGGUGGUCGUGACGCAGCACCUGAUAUUCCGCGCCAUGAGCAGCUUCCUGGAGAGGCGGUUCCGCUGGCUCGCGGAGCUGGAGCCGCCCAGGUCGACGACGCUGCUGGUGGAGGCCGUCCCCGAGCGAUACUGCUCCGACGCCGAGCUGAAGGAUUACUUCAGCGAGCUCUUCCCUGGAGAUUCCGUGGAGUCCGCCUACAUCGUCAAGAACACGGACCGACUGCAGUACCUGGUGCAGCAGCUCAAGAUCAACUACCAGUUCUGGGAACAGGUGCAGUACUCACGGUCCCAGGCGCUGGAGAAGGCAAAAAUCCAGAGCGACCUCGAGACGAGAGAGGACCUCGACAUGAUCGAGAGGGUGGACCACUACGCUGGCCGGGUCCAGAUCGUGGAGAAGCACGUGCAGGCGGAGCGGAAGCGCAUCCUCGAGGACUCGGCCGAGCCGCUCGUGGUGACGUCCGAGCGGUCCGAUGACGGCGGCUACGUGAAGCGCCUGUCAGGGCACGCGCGUGCCGUGAACACCUGCUGCGGCUUCGUCACCUUCCGGUCCAAGCGGGACGCCAUGAUCGCCCUCAACAUGAGGUGCACAGCCGACCAGGAGGAGUUCCUCAUUUCGAUCCCGCCAGAUCCAAAGGACGUGAUCUACAACGACCUGCGGUACUCCCCGCACUACCGGGCCCUGAUGGCGCUCCUGGGCCACGGCGCGAUCUUCGCGAUCUUCAUCGGUUUCGUGCCCAUCGUGACCCUCCUGUCAGAUUUCACCGACUUGCAGAAGCUCGAGAAGACAAUGCCCGUCACCAGCGAGUACAUAGCUCAAUAUCCGCUCUUGCUCUCCGUGAUGGAGGGCGUAUUGUCGUCUCUAGCCCUGACGCUGUUCACCGCGUGCCUCCCGACGGUCCUGAUGAUGAUCAUCUACCGGUGCUACCUGACGGGUGCACACGCGUGGGCGCAGCAGCGAUUGCAGACCGUCUACUUCUGGUUCCAGACGAUCUUCAUCAUCCUGGUCGCGGCGGUGGGCGGGUCUCUGCUGGACAAGAUCAAGGUGCUGCUGGACAAGCCCAUGGACACCUUCGGGCUGUUGGCCGACCACCUGCCUGGAGCGACGCACUUCUACCUCAACUUCAUUGUCAUGCAGUGGGCCACCCACGGCAUCGUCAUGACUCGGUACAUGGUACUCUUUAAGUUCAUCGGCCUCCGCGCGCUGAUGGGGAAGAGGCGCGCUGUGGAGCUCGCUGAGCCGGAAGACCAGGACUACUAUGGCAUCGGCUCGCGCUCUGCACGCUGGAGCGCCACCCUACUCAUCGGCAUCAUAUUCUCCACGCUCUCGCCCAUGAUCGCGGGCUUGACGUUCAUCAACUUCGUGCUGUGCCGCAUCUGCUACGGGUACCUGCUCGUCUUCGCCGAGACCAGGAAGCCCGACUCCGGCGGGCUCUUCUUUGUCAACGGCCUCAUGCACGUGCAAUACGGGGUCAUGAUUUACGUCGUCCUCAUGAUCGGUGUGAUGGCCCGCCACGCGAAGAGCAGCGGCCCGAUCAUCCUGACCGUCCCGGCUGCCCUGUACCUGACGUACUGCAGCUACCGCUUCCGCGUGGGAUUCAGCUACGACAUGAUGCCGUUCCAGGAAGCGGGCGCGGACGUCCCCACGCUCCGAGCCAGCCGGAAACUCUCCGGCGCGCUGGCGCUGCCCCCGGAGCUCGGCCGAUCGCUGCGCUCCCGCAACCAGAGCGUGCAGGACCAGGUCAAGAGCAGCAAGGGCAAGGGCAAGGGCGGCACCAAGCAGCAGGAGAUCCAGGCCGACGGCCGGACGAGGGCGGAGCGCGACCGCCGGCCGCCGAAGCGCGACCGCCAGAACGAGGAGCGCGCCCGAGAGCCCCCGGAGAACGCCCAGCUCGACAACACCGGCGCCCGGCUCGACAGAGGCCGCAUGUCCGAGGGCCGGCGGGGCGGCGGGGUGCCUCGGCCCGCGGGAUCCCAGAGGACUCCCGAGGAAACGGAGAUCACCUGGGCCGCCUGUGCGCUGGAGCUCCACACGGCAUCCGCGAUCCGCGGCCGCGCCAGCGCGCGGGAGCUGUACCCGGGACUGGCCGAAGGCUACGAAGCGGUUCUCAGUAAGAACGAACGGCACCACGGCCGCGAGCCUGCGGCCCGUCAGCUCGGCAAGUGGCUCGUGACUUACGGGGGGCCUCUGGGGUUAUGGCCCCUCGCCGCCACAGAACGUGCGGAAGCCACCGGGUACGGGAACUUGUUCGCCCGCAUGGGGCUCUCCGGCAGGCCGCUCUACGGCGCGGUCGGAGGCUACUUCGACCACGGAUGCUUUCAGUGCAGGGGCCUCGUGCCCGGGCGAUCUUCGCCAGGGUGGCGGGUGGCGACCGACUUCCCGCGGUCUGCACCAGGCCCUGCACGCGACGCCGACCUCCCACGCAUCCGCACGCCCGCGGCCCGCGGAGCCGUGCUCCACGGCCGUUGCAUCUCCGUGCCGAUGCUGUCCGGACGCGACAGCGUUCUGUGGGUGGCCGAGGCUGCCGCGGGAGACCAGGCUGCUCUGCUGCACGAGGUCCACUGGGAGGCCCAUCGAGCGACCGCGUGGGCCGUCUCCAGCGGCUCGACGCCGCCCGCCUCCCGGGCGAGGGGCCAACCCGCCGUAGGCCACCGGGCCGAGUCAGAGAUCGACGCCGUGGCCGCACGCGGCCCACGCGGCACGCAGCUGCUGGCCCGGGAAGCUCACGCCCCAGUGCACUUCGACCCUGGCGCGACGGCCACGUGGUGCCGGGGCCGUGUGGUGUCCCCGGUUUUUCCCAAGAGCCUGCCAGCCGAUGCCUCCCACGAUCUGCGUCAAAAGUUCGGCGUCUUCGAACGCGCCUUCAGCGUUCCGCAGGUCGACACCGCGGUCGCCCUUCCGCCGCAACAGGUCCCGCCAGCGCCGUCGGGCGCUCCACCGACGCACCAUCCCGCCAAUCUCGGGGACGACGACGCCCUCCCUUCCAGUCAGGAAGACACUUAA